AUGAUGAUUUGAAUGAUAAAAAUUCGAGUGACGUGACUGUUAAUGAUGAAUCCGAUGAAAGAAAUUCAAAGAGAAAACGAGAGGAUAAAGGUAAAUCUGUUGAAACUGAACCUGACCCCUCAUCAAAAGGCGAAGGUAGCAAUGAGAAAGUUACUAAUUCAGAAUCUAGAGAAUCUUCUUCUGAUUUUACUUCUGAAGAACCAGAAUGGCUUAAAAACACUCAAAGCGUUACAGGCCCUUCUGUUUCAAUCCCAAUCGAACCCUUAAAUUCUGAAGUAACACCGCAACCAGAGUCUACCCAAAGUCAAGGUACCACUGAGCGCGUUUUCGUCGCUCCAUUUUAUGUUGACUUGGAUGCGUAUCGUGAAGAACUCCAAUCGAUUUCUAGCUCAUUAAAAAAACGUGGAGUUGCGGUCGAGUCUCCAAAACAACCAAGACAAACUAAGAAAAGUAGAGCUGAGGCUGCUGCUCGAGCUACGUUUGACGAAGCAUGGCGUGAUUUGGUUGGUAGAGGUCAAGAAAUCAGUAUGAAAAAGAAACAGGAGGCGUUCGAAAAGAUUGGAAUAUCUAUCGCAGAUUUGGAGAAACUUCCGGAGGCACCGCAACCGGAUGCACUUCUCACUAAUCUUCUACCUUAUCAGAAGCAAGGUCUCGGUUGGAUGCUUUCUCACGAGCAUCCUGAAGAUCCGACAGAAGAAAAGGCAACGCAAUUUUGGGUUAUGCGCAAAGUAUCAGGAUCUAACCUUUACUAUAAUGUUGCGACUAGUUAUUCAUCUCAAACUCGACCAGAAUUUUCUCGUGGUGGUAUUCUUGCAGCUGCUGAGUCUUCACUUGAUUUAACUCCUGAAAAUGCGCAGUUGCUAGCUAAAUACUUGAAAGAAGCGAUCGAAGAUAAUGAAGAUUGUU